AUGGAAGCCGUACAGCAGCAGAAGGACGAGAAGGCCACCUGGAGCCCGCCGUCCAAGAAGUACUUGCCCAUCGUCACGAUCGACGAGUACGACGUCGAAGCCGCCGCCGCCGGCCGCAACGGUUACGGAGAGAGGAAGUGGUUGCUGGACCACCAGCACAGGAUCCCCCGCGGCCGCGGCGCCGCAGCAGGAGCGGCAAUGGCUGGCCAGGGGCUGGAGGGCGUCGCGUGGUUCAUCCUGCUCGCCCUCGAGUGUCUUCUUGUCGGCACUGUCGAGGGGUGGAUCAUCUACAUGGUGUACGACAACGGCGAAUACGCCGUUUGGAACUGGCUCUCCGACUUCGCAUCCCCCGCGCUGAUGAUGCUUUUCAGCGUGUCCUUCUCCGCCGCCCUGCUCCGCGGGGUUGGGUGUUCCGGGCGCGUGGGGGACCUGGCGUUCCAGGCCGCCGGGCUGGUGCUGGCAACCUUCUGCGCCGUGGUGGUGUGUGCUGGUAUCAGCCGGGGGAAGAGGAGGAGUGGCGAAGGGGAGGAGGAGGGGAAGGGCGUGAGGGUUGUCGUUGGGUUGUCUGUCAAGAUGUGGUUCCUCUUCUUUAUUGGCUUCUGGUGUGCCGUGUUCCAAUGGUACAGCGGCGACAAGCCAGUGAUGUAUCAGCAGACGACGCGGAAGAAGGGCAAGAAGAGGGGGUACGGCACGACGUUGGGCGGGCUUGCGACGGUGGACGAGAGCUAUGAGGGGGUCGUGGGCGACCUUUGA